UUGCUAGCUCUGUGGACAACUUGAUACACCUUGCAGGAGGACCAGAGAGGUGCUGCAGACCGCACGCGAUGGACUCAGACGUUCAAGAAGAAAUCCCUGUGCGUGAGGAAUUCUUUUUCUGUGGUGGAGUUGAAACCCAGAUUAUAAAAUGUGGGCCCUGGACUAACCUCUUUGAUGAACAGAGUGUCACCAGGCCGAAACUGCUCAUCUUCGUUAUUCCAGGUAACCCAGGCUUUUCCCCCUUUUACCUGCCAUUUGCGAAGAGCUUGUACUCUCUGACGAAAGGCCGCUUCCCGGUGUGGAUGAUCUCUCAUGCUGGGUUUGCCUUGGCUCCCAAAGAUAAGAAGAUUCUAGCAGCACCAGAGGAGUCAAAUGCUCAAGAAAUUGAGGACAUCUAUGGUCUGAAUGGUCAAAUACAGCACAAAAUAGCUUUUCUGAGAGCUCACGUGCCCAAGGAUGUGAAGCUGAUCCUCAUUGGCCACUCCAUAGGCAGCUAUAUUGUUCUUCGGGUCAUGAAGGAUGCCCCUGAGCUGCCCGUCAUCCACUCCUUUCUGCUGUUUCCCACUAUUGAGCGGAUGGCCGAGACGCCCAACGGCAGAAUUGCCACCCCACUUCUGUGCUGGUUUCGAUAUGCGCUCUAUGCUACCGGCUACUUAGUACUUAAACCAUGUCCACAAAUAAUAAAGUCCUUCCUAAUCAAAAAAGCCCUUGAAAGACUGAGCUUCACCUGUGAAAUUCCUUUGGAGAACCUUCUUCAACCAUUCUGCCUGGCAAAUGCUGCCUACCUCGGGAGCCAAGAAAUGAUACAAGUGAGAAAGAGAGAUGAUGAAGCCAUUAAGGAACUUUUACCUAAGCUGACGUUUUACUACGGUAAAACAGAUGGCUGGUGUCCAGUGAAGUAUUAUGAAGACAUGAAGAAAGACUUCCCAGGCGGGGAUAUCCGACUCUGUGAGAAAGGAAUAUCUCAUGCUUUUGUCCUCGGUUUCAGCCAGGAGGUGGCUGCCAUAGUUGCUGACUGGAUGAAUAAUAAACUGCCCAAAAUAUAAACACUGGCUCAGGGAAAACACACCUACAUUAAAUACAUAGAAGCCGUAGGUGUUCCCUGUUUAGUGAUAAUGUUUAAUCUAAAUGCUUGAAAAGGACAUUGAGACCCUCGGCUGCAGACGACCAGAGCUCAGCUCCCUGUGCUAAGACUGAAGUGAGCACAGUUGAUGACUCAUUCCACACGUUCCCCGACUCAGGAGACACAGUGACCUCCACAAGGAUUCUUCUCUUCACAAGAAGCCCAACAGCACUGCCCAGCACAGUUUGCCCAACACAAUUCUACAAGCUGAAGAGAAUCUAAAUAUCGGGGAUUCUGACCAGAUUAUCACUUUAGAAUAGAUUGUCCUGAAUGAAAUUAUGAAACACUUCCUAGAAAAUAGAAACCACCCAUGAACGUGGGUGGGCAGUCAGUCAUGUGAAAUGAGUAAGACAGAGAAGCUCACCCUCCUCAUCCAGUUUGCAGGGAGGAAUGAGCAGAGGAUGCUGGCAGUGAACUUGGGUUUCCUUCAGGUACUGGGGAAAAUCAGUUCUGACUUUGUACAGGUCUUGGCUGAGGUCAUCAGCAUGUCUUCCUGAUCCUCCUGCAGUGAACCAAGAAUCAAGUUUGCCUGACAUUGAUCAACUCACUAGACAGAGUUGCUGAAGGAUCCUGACUCUGACCCAUUAUAGAAUGGCCAACAGGUUCUUCCUGAGCCCUAAAAUGCCAAGUCCCUGCAGCCUCCUCUAGAGCCAGAAGGGAGGGACGGACUGUCCACGUCAGAUUUGUACGGCCAUGGAGCAGCUCAUCCGUGUGGUUAUUCUAAUGAAACGCCAUGGACAGGAGGCGGUGAACCACUGAUGCUAUUCGUGGUGGCUUUAGCCACUCUAUGAUUCUUCCUUUCUGAAAAUCUCCCAGCACAUAAUUUUUGGAAAGGUGUUUUAAAUUGUUGAGUAAAACAUUAACAUCCCCAUUUGCUUAAACUUUACUGAAUGGAAAGACAUCACUUUAUGAAUGAAUUUCGUAUUACUUCACCUGUGGAAGCAUAUUCCUGGCUGAGAAGUGGAGGGACAGCUAUGCUGCCUCCCUUAAUUGACUCAAUCCUAAGCUCUCAGAGUCCAGUGAACCCCACUGUCUGUAGUGGCAGUGACAGUUGACGCACAGUUGGAAACAUUCCAUUUUCUUCUAGAGAAGUGUUCUUGUGGAGGUAUCGUUCCUCAGGGCAGUGAGGCGGUCCUUCCUCUCACAAACAUGGAUUCUGAUGACAGCCUUGGUUCUUAAGUGCCGCCAGCUCUGUGGUGAGGGAUGGCUGAAUUCUCAUCCUUUGCAUGGCUGCUGCAUUGGAGCUCUAGCUUCUUGGAGGGGAAAAGCCAAACUCCAGACAAGGAGGGCUCUUCGUCCAUGAAGAAGUCCAGUAGCUACACAGCGAGGGUUGGUGCUACACACAAAUACUGUAUCUGCACGCGGAGGCCUUCUGCAGAGCUGGCCUGGGAAGCCAGGCUUCCUGCUCUGAGUGCCUUGCUUAUAGGACAGGUCCACCCAGUGCUGGAAAUGAAUGCGUGGAGACAAGAGCUGGCAGAUCAGACUCACGGGAACAACACAACCUUCAUAGAUUCCUUUCAGAAAUUACAUCAUUCUGUGUUUCCAAACUCUACUUAAAAGACUCUGGUGCCUCAUUCCUGUUCUUCAUCUAAACACCUAAUCAUAUUUAUAAUCAAUGUUUUCCUGAAGUUA